UCUAGAAAAAUGCUUGAUUCUAAGAGUAUUGAUAACUGCCAAUUCUCGCAGGCAUUAUUAGUUAACAAUAUGGAAGCUUCAAUUGGUUACGACAAAUCUGAUGUAGAUUUGAUAUAUGAAAUUAUGAAUAAUAAACAAUCACAUAUAGAAGCUUUAAUAGAUUCAUCAAUAGAUUCUUAUGAAUCAAAUGUGGAAGAUUCUGUAUUAGAAGAUAUAUCUUCUAAUAUAGAAGCUUCAAUAGAUAGUGGUGAAUCUUAUAAAUCGGAAAAACCUGCUCAUUGGUGUCGAAUGCCCAAUCCCUUACAUCACCAUCAAAGUUUCAUGUUUUCUGACGUGUUGAGGCUCACGAUGCUAAUGCCUUUCAUACUUCGAAAAUUUUUAAAGCCCUAUCAUAUUAGGACAGAGAUAUUAAACAAUUGGAAUAUAAAGCAAAAUUUAGCUAUAUCUAGGUUAUGUACUUGUUGGGCAAUUGAAGCCAAA